CCGCAGUUAGAGUUCCGGGUGGCUCGCGUGAGGCGGAGCUCGGCAGUUCCGUCUACUUCAGCCGCAGCGUCUCCCUGCCUGUCUCAUUGCAUUCUCUAGAGAGGGGACGGACCUCCACUUCCUCUUUCAGAAAAAUGUCUGCUCCAGCUCAGCCACCUGCUGAAGGGACAGAAGGGGCUGCCCCAGGUGGGGGUCCUCCUGGUCCUCCUCCCAAUACGACCAGUAACAGACGAUUACAGCAAACCCAGGCACAAGUGGAGGAGGUGGUGGACAUCAUGCGCGUGAAUGUGGACAAGGUCUUGGAGAGGGACCAGAAGUUGUCAGAGUUGGAUGACCGAGCUGACGCCUUGCAGGCAGGAGCGUCAGUGUUUGAGAGCAGUGCUGCCAAGCUAAAAAGGAAGUAUUGGUGGAAAAACUGCAAGAUGAUGAUCAUGCUGGGAGCUAUCUGUGCCAUCAUCGUGGUAGUAAUUGUAAUCUACAUUUUUACUUGAGAAUGUGCCAUCCCUUCCCUGUUCUCCAUUGCCAUCCAAGCUCAUGUUUCCCCUCUGUUUGCUCUCUCAACAAAGUCCUCCAUCUUCCGUUCUCCAUCCUGGCCCAGGCUUCUCUGUGAUCCGACCUUCCCUUUUUGUUGCAUUCAUUCGCACUCUUCCUCAAAACUAGAAAUGCUGCUCGUGGCACAGUCCUGAAAGUCACUGCCCGAAGAGAACACCCAGCACCUCCUCUUUACCCAUUUAUCAUGUGCCCUGGAGCUUAAAAGAGUUGUGGCCAAUGGCAGAGGUGAAGUGUCUGAGAAGUUAGCAUGGCUGAGGGGAAGAGAAAGGCAUUUGUGUCCAAGAAAGGCUGGCCUUUGGCAGGAGGGAAGCAAGAAUAGUUGGGAAGUAGUAGCUUGCUGCCAGUGUAUAUGUAUAUGUAUAUGUAUAUGUAUAUGUAUAUGUAUAUGUAUAUGUAUAUGUAUAUGUAUAUGUAUAUGUAUAUGUAUAUGUAUAUGUAUAUGUAUAUGUAUAUAUUAGUUGGGAACUAUGACCUGCUGUCCUCAUUUGGAACUUUCCUCCCAUACCAGGCCUGUCUUGGGUCCCAGAGGUCUGUUUAAAGACCAACUUCAAAUCCCUUUUAGAAAAACAUCAAACUUGCAUUUUGUAGCUACUGUUAUCUGUCAGUACAAGAUUUUCUGUGUCUUUGGGGGAACUUUACAACUUUUCGCUUUGUCUCUAUAGCCCCAGGAGAGAAGUACCUUCUGAUUUUAAAAACAGCAGGACACUCUUACCUUCUUCUAGAAGGCGUCCCACAUGCUUCUGACUAGAAGGAGCUACCACCUCUUCAUGUCAUCUGAAGCAUUUGAUGUUGUUCAUGAAGGCACCAAAUAAUUUCAGGGAAUGAGGGGCUUUGAGGAUAACAGGCUCUCAGGAACACGCUCCAUGCCAUCCCACUCUCCAAUGAAAGCCCUGUACCUCCCUUGUUGAUUAAGAGAAAUGAGAGUUAUAUGGUGAGACUCCCAGGGUCCCACAGAACACUUCCCCCUGCACUACCCACUUACUGUGUGUAAGACAAGGAUGAGGCAGGAGGGCCUUUCCAGAUUCAGCUCAGACUUGGAUAGCGGGGUCUAGGCUGUGUCAGGUGUACCGUGCACUGCUGUGUGGCAUGGGCCUCGCAUCCGCAGCUGCCUGCCGUGCUUCCUUCAGUUCUUUCUCUGCAGCUGCCGUGUCCAUCCAUCCUGCAUCACCUCCUUCCUUUCCCUCCCUUUGCAUGCUCUGUGCGCAGACUCUGGAACCGAGGACAGGAGCUGCUCAGUCUGUUUUGGGAGCUUCUGCUGAGCCUCAGAUAGGAUGCUGCAUGGGGUAAAGCCAGGUGCUGGGGUGGGAGCAGGGUGGGAGCAGGAGGGGUGUUCUCAGACCUCUAUUCCUGCUGUCCUCUGGUGCACAAGCAGGAGAGGUGGCCAUGCUAGGCUGGGUGCCCACUUCCCGUGAAGCAGCAUUUCAUUCUGCAGAACCAUCCUUCCUUUCCCUUGCCCAUUUCCCACGUUUCCUUCGUGCUGCCUCAGGGCAGGACUGAAGAGCUGGAAGGAAGCAGUCAGUGUACCCUCCCAACGUUCCCUGAAGGUCUCCACUAGACUCUGGGCUUCCCUUUGCCUAGUGCAGGGGUCACCGCUGGAGAAGAACCAACACUGUCCUUGGUGUGCUCCAAGCCUGGAGCCAAUUUACCCUGUUGGCCCACCCAGCCCCAGCGGGGGAUUAUUUCCUGGGUUUCUGUCCCUCCAAGGCUUACCAGGUGUAGUUGGCUUUGUUCUUCUGGGGCUGUUAGUCCUUCUACUUUCUUUCUCACUUCACCCUGGACCCCCUUCUGUGUCUCUGCAGUCUUCUGUCCCUCCCACCCAUGUGCAUGAGCAAAUAUGCAACUUACCUUGGGAUCUGCAGUCAGUUGAAGCCAAGCUUCCCACAUCCUCUUUGUUUGCCAUGAGGUGAUGUGGGGUUUCCAUUGUGUCUGUCAUUACCACCGUGUCUUUCCUAACCCAGUCUCACAGUUUAUGUAUAGUAGUAAGAGUUGUCCUUCCACCAAAGGCAUGUGACAGAUUUACCAAUCUCAUGUAUUCUCAACAAAGGCGAAAAAUACAAAUUCCUACCACAACAUGGA